CUGAAAUUCAGUCAUCACAUUUGAUUUCUAAUCACAGGGAAUCAAGUUACUUCCUCAAAGUGGACUAAAGUUCCUCUGAUCAUCCUUGGUGUCUUUCUGGUUUUGGCUCUUGGAGGUCUGUGUGUUCUGGGGAUCAUGUAUGUCGGUGUUUCAAAGCAACUGUCUGCCCUGGAGACCAACAGCACAAUCAUGGUGAAAGAGCUCACAGACAACUACACCAGAGUUAGAGAGCAACUGUUCUUUUACAAAGCAUUCACAGCUCAGUUGAAUGAUUGGGGUGGAAAGUUGUACUACUUCAGCUCUGAUCAACUCACCUGGUCAAGCAGUCGUGCUUUCUGUGUUUCAAAAGGAGCCGAUCUGGUGACCAUAACCAGCCAAUCAGAACAGAUGUUUCUGUACUCUGAACUUAAAGACCAUUACUGGAUUGGUCUCAAUGAUCUGGACACUGAAGGAGACUGGGUUUGGGUGAAUAGCCAAACUCUCAAUGACACUGGAGUACAGUAAGAACUCUGUCUGCAAUUGUUUGUUAAUC